AUGGCACCAAAGACAGAAGAUGGCAAGGUCAAGUCCAAGAAGACUACCCAAGCGAACAAGAAGAUGAAGCCAGCCGCAGCCAAGAAAUCUACCAAGAAAUCAGCUGCCCCAAAGAGCAAUGCCAAGAAGAACAAGAGGAAGAUGAAGCCUGCUGCAGACCCAAAUGCCCCAAAGAAACCACUAUCUGGAUUCAUGAAGUUCAGUCAAGAACAUCGUGCAAUCAUCAAGGAAGAAAACCCCGAUCUUUCGUUUGGAGGAAUCGGAAAGAAGCUUGGAGACAUGUGGCGAGCACUUUCCGCAGAUGAAAAGGCAGCCUACAAGCCCGUCAAGAGUGUUGUAGAUAUGCCCAUCGCAGCUGUCGAGUCUCUUGCCCCUGCCAUUGUGGCGUAG